GAAUGCUAGGUAGCGCCACACAGAAACUCACUAUAAAUGGUCUAAUUUUGCAAACUGUUUCAUCUCUUACCACUUAGAAAAAAACCCUAGCAGCCGUGCUGAAGAGCCAGAUACCUAAGCUGCCUUCUUCACUAACCACCGUCAGUAGCCAUGACAUUCAAGCGUAGGAAUGGAGGACGCAACAAGCACGGCCGUGGACAUGUUAAGUUCAUACGCUGCUCCAACUGCGGAAAAUGCUGUCCCAAGGACAAGGCAAUUAAGAGGUUUCUAGUGAGGAACAUAGUGGAGCAAGCUGCUGUUAGGGAUGUUCAAGAGUCCUGUGUUUAUGAUGGAUAUGUCUUGCCUAAACUUUAUGUCAAGAUGCAGUACUGUGUCUCUUGUGCUAUUCACUCCCGUGUUGUGAGGGUUCGCUCUAGCUCUGAGCGCAGGAAGAGGGAGCCUCCACAGCGUUUCAUUAGACGCAGGGAUGACAUGCCGAAGCCUGGUCAGCCUGGUCAACCUGGCCAAGCACCUCGGCCUACUGGGGCAGCUCCUGCUCGUGUCUAGAGAAUCAAAUCAAACCAAACUCUUUUGUUGGCUGUUUUGCUUCUUGAAGCUAUUUGAACUUGAUGAUUUUUUUUUAUAUAUAUAUUUACUGUUAAGACUCAUGAAUUAUUUUAGGUUGUCGAAAGUUUUGACUGAUGAGGAUCCUUCAGGAAUAUCAUGGCUCUCAGUUUAAUGUCAUUUUUAUUUAUAUCCUA